AUGAGCGCGCUUCACUCAGGCGCGGCCACCCUCCCCAGGGGAUUCCGCUACCAUCACCCAGACUUUCCAGAGCCCAAGACACCUGAACCUUUCGUUGCCGCAGAAAGCGAGGCCCAACCGCCCUCCCCCGCGCCCAAAGUUCAGGCUCAAGCGUCGGAACGCCUCGCAAUUAGCGGCCCCUACCCAGCAGUUUCUUGCGUCUGUCGCGGCUGCCGAUGUUCCGAUCCCGAGCAUCGAAGUCCCCGACGCCGCGGAACAGGCGGAAUCGUCAUCAUCUUCACGGACAAUCCCAUUCCCGCCCCUACCGCAGUUGAACAUACCCACUGGCCAAAUAUCUCACCGAAGGCUAAGAGCCAAUACCUUUUCGCCCCUAAAACGCCGGCGCCAGAUGGUGUCGCGUCGCUCUCGCCGAGGCGGUAUCCGGACUGGACGAUCGACUCCAUCAUCAGCAGCUCGGAAUCGAGCCCUGAAUGCGAAUCAAGCAGGCCAUCGACCGCCCGAUCUACCUACACUAGCGCGUCUCUUUUCAGUCGCAUAUCCCUCGCUUCUGACGAAGCCCACUGCAUCAGCCCCGAGUAUGAGGGCUCGUCCUUUAGCAUAUUCGGUCAGCCCUCGAAAGAUGUCGCUAUCGAAGUCCCCUCCACCAAGUCCAAGGGGAAAAUGCGGAAGGCGCCUUGGACCAAGGCGAUGAGCGAGCACCUCUGGUCGACCUAUCUGAUGUACUGUCAAGAUCCCAAAGUCACCCCCUUCCGUGCCGGCCGCAACGGUAUCCCCCUGACGGAGUUUGCGUUCGGGUCUCGCGCGAAGCGAAGCGCAGCUGGAAAGGCUCAAGACCGCUGCUCACCGUUGAGCAGAAGAGCGGUAGCAUUACCCCCACCGCAGAGGCGCCUGCCGCCUACAUUCAAUGGCCGCAUACGUGCUCGGCCACGCGCGCGGCUGCGAGAGCUGUGCCGUAUGAAGACAACGUCCUCCGCCGCGCGGACGCAUCAGUAUCUCUCUCACAGUCCAACCCCUUUGGCCGAACUAUUACGCGCCACUGGAACCGCAAAUCUACGCCACUUCGAUCCCCUUCCGCCCCUAGCGCAGCUGACGAGCUCGGCUCUUGAGCCCCCGGCGCUUGAAGGCGCUAUAACAGAGCCUGUGCCUGAGCUACCCGAGUUCUCCCUUGAGCUACCUGAAGGGCUUCGGAACCGCCUUGGGUCGCCGUUUUCUGCAGCAAGCAGAAGCUACGGGCCUAGUUCGUCUAAUACCCUUGCCGCUGGCUUCUCCUUCCGAUCCAACAUGCCUCCGCGGCAGAUAUCUACCCUCGAGCCCAAGCGUGGUGCGCUCCAAUCACCGGCAAGACUUACCCGAAGCCGUUCCAAUACCCUUCAGAAGCGAAGAUCUCGCCAGGCUGCCAACGAACUCCGCAAGGGCAAGAGGCCCAGUCUCGGAUCGGACCUUUGGACCGCUCCCGGCUUCGCCGGAGAUAGCCUAGUCAGUGGCGAGAGCCUAAUGGCCAGGCUCGAACUCGAAUUCAGUUCCACAAGCUCGACGCAGCGCGACGACCUAUUCGUUCCCCGUACCAAUAUCGAAGAGCUACUAGCCGCCGUCGAGCCACCAUCCCAGAGUGAGCAACCCACGGCUCCCGCUCUGGAGUCUACCAACAGCUUAAUGCUCCCGCAGGUGCAGCCUCCCAGACUCGGUUCUCCAUUUGCGGCACCCUCUGCGAGCCUCUCAUUUCCUAAUCGGCUCUCGCAGCCUCACGAUCUUAUCUUUGGAGCCGUCCGUAGGCCAUUUGCCACUGUCCAGCAGCCCACCCAGGAUGUGGAUGCAGCUGCCAAACCCAACCUCGAGACUCGCCUAACUUACAUCAAUGAACGAUUGAGGGAGUUUCGGCAGCGAGGCAAUAAUCGGCAGCGAUCCGAAUCCCCGUUUUAA